AUGAGCUCCAGCAAUAAUAAUUCCCAGAAGAAGGUUUACCAUGAUGCUUUCACCAAAGCUGCUUCAUUCGCAUUUGCUCAGGUGUUUCCUGCAAUCUUGAACGCUGCUAUUGAUAUGAACUUGUUUGAUAUCAUAUCAAAGGCAGAGAGUUCGUUAGGCAUGUCAGCUUCUGAGAUUGCAUCUAAGAUUCCAAAGCAACACAGCGAAAUGGGUAGCAGACUUGAACGCAUGCUGCCAUCAUUGGUGGCUCGUUCUCUUCUGACUUGCUCCAUUCGCACCAUUAAUGAAGACGGUGACACUGAAAGAGUUUAUGCAGUUUCUCCUGUUGGACAAUACUAUACAAGUACUCAUCAUGAUGAACAAGGAUGCUCUUGGAUUGCAUUGUCAACUUUAUUCUAUCGAGGAUAUCGUCAUGUUUGGAAAGAUACGAAAGAUGCAAUAUUGGAUGCUAACAAUCACAACCACUUCCAAAGAAUGUAUGGAAAGAUGGCAUUUGAAUAUAUGGAAACAGACACAGAGUUAGGUAACCUUUUCGGAAAAGCAAUGUCUCAAGCAGGGCCUUUAGGAGUGAAAUCAAUCCUUGAUGCAUAUAAAGGAGGCUUUGAGGGAGUAUCAACGUUAGUUGAUGUAGGAGGUGGAUAUGGACAAGUCCUCAAACAAAUUCUCUUGCAGUAUCCAUCAAUUAAAGGAAUUAAUUUUGAUUUGCCUCAUGUUGUGAAAAACGCACCCCCUCGUCCAGGCAUAGAGCAUAUCGGGGGAGACAUGUUUGAAAGUGUUCCAAAAGGUGAUGCCAUUUUGAUCAAGCAUGUAUGUCAUAACUGGGGAGAUGAAGAAUGUGUCAAGUUUUUGAGAAAGUGCUACGAAGCUUUGCCAGCAGAUGGGAAGGUUAUAGUUUUGGAGACUUUAGUGCCAGAAAUUCCCAAGUCAACAUCAAAGGAUAUUUGUGCUGUGGACAUGGAUAAAGGUAUGUUUCUAGUUCAUGGUGGAAAGGAAAGAACCGAGAAACAAUAUGAGAAAUUAUGCAAGAGGUCGGGAUUUUCCAGAUUUAAGGUUGCUUGCAAUGAUUCAAGUGCCAUGGAUGCAGUGAUGGAGUUUUACAAAUAA